AUGGAAUGCAAAGUGUUUGCGUGUUUGUAUUUUUUUAUUGUGUUAGUAGGCGGUAAAGAAGUUAUAGACGUACAAAUGGACAGUACAUGGAAACCAGAUAUUGGAUGGAUAAUCACAUGUCGAUGGAAGUUGGUGGACAACGACACACUACAGUCGGUCAGGCUGUACGAUAACGAGCGACAGUUUAUGAUAUAUAGACCAGAGGCCAAUGGUGAGACCCGCAGUCAAGUAUUUCGACGUCCAGAAGAUAUGAUGUUGGUGGAAUGCACUAAAGGAAACGCUAGAGGUGUGGAAGGUGCCUGUGUAUUGACCAUCGAGUUGUACCAACCAAUGACCAAAGAUUUCACCUACAGUUGCGAGGUGUCCGGCGAAAGACCGAAGUUUAUGAUGCGGAAGGAAAAUCUUCUGAUUAAUGCAUUUGUGCCGCCUACGGACGCUGUUGUUCAAGAAGGACCAAUAAAUGUAGACUCAGGACGUGUCGUUCUCAACUGCACCUCAAGUGGCUUGCCCGCACCACAGCUAGUAUGGCAGAUUGGUCAGCAAAAGGUACCUUCAGAUUUCACUGGCACAUUUUGGAACGCCACGUCCAAGCUGUGGCAUGUUUGGUCAGUCCUGUCAUACACAUAUUCAGAUGAACAUUCGGCCAUUUGUAUACCAGAAAUCAGUAAAGAUGGUAAAAUUACAAUAGGAGCUUCUGCUACUUACAGUUCAGCUGAAAGAAUAAAAGAUAUAACAAACAUGGUGUUCACAGCUGUAAUGUUUAUACUGUUACUGAGAUGA